UAAGAAGGUUGAUUUCAACAAGCAACCAAAGUAUCAGAUCCCAUCAUUAAUUCAACUUUUAUUAUUCCAGCGCUUUUCUUUCUCUAACUAUAAAUCCCUAUUAUUUCAAACAUUCCCUCUUAAGACCCAAUCUUUUCAUUAUUUUCAUUUACACCAUUCAAUCGCAAACUUAAUGGACGCCGGAAAACCAAAGAACAGGGGCUCAUUUAGACAGCUAGAAAAGUUUAUCGUGUUAAAUAAAAUUUCAAAAAAGAAAAAGAAAAACAGAGAACACAUUACUUUUCUUCUUUCUCAGACGUGAUAACUUGAAACAAAAGAAUUAUUAGUUAGCAAAUUGCUAAUCGCAACAAUUUAAUUAAGACCCGCAAACCUCUUACUUCCUGUGAUUAAAAAAAAAAAAAAAAACUCGUUCUUGAUCCAAUCCUUGCCUCUCUGUGAUCUCAGACUCAUACACAUAAACUCAUUGUUAGCGCCAGAGUAAAAAGAAAAAAGAGAAAGAAAAACAAGAACAAAGGGUUGUUUGUCGUAUCAGAAAAAUGUCUUUCUUGGUUGGAAUGAUCAUUGGAAUGUCCAUUGGAAUUGGGUUGGUUGUAGCCUACGCUCGUUAUCAGAAUAUCAGAUCCCUGCGUCGUUCUCAAUUGGCAAAGACAGUAGCUGCAUUUGCGAGAAUGAAAGUGCAAGAUUCAAGAAAACUUCUGCCAGGAGAGUCGUAUCCAUCAUGGGUCGUCUUUUCACAGAGACAAAAGUUAACUUGGCUUAAUCUUCAACUUGACAAGGUUUGGCCUUAUGUUAAUGAGGCAGCGUCAGAGUUGAUAAGAACCAAUGUUGAGCCAGUUCUUGAACAAUAUAGACCAGCCAUAUUAUCCUCCCUCAAGUUUUCAAAAUUGACACUUGGUACUGUGGCUCCACAGUUUACAGGAAUUUCAAUUCUUGAAGAUGAAAGUGGAGCUGGAAGCGUCACUAUGGAGUUGGAGAUGCAAUGGGAUGGCAAUCCGAAUAUUGUUCUUGAUAUCAAUACCAGAGUUGGUGUGGCACUACCCAUACAGGUAAAAAAUAUUGGAUUCACUGGGGUUUUCAGGUUAAUCUUUAAACCAUUAGUUGAAGAGUUUCCUGGUUUUGGAGCUAUUUCUUAUUCCUUGAGACAUAAGAAAAAACUGGAUUUUAAGCUUAAAGUUGUUGGUGGUGAGAUAUCAGCUAUACCAGGGAUUUCUGAUGCCAUUGAGGAAACUAUUCGGGAUGCUAUUGAAGAUUCUAUAACAUGGCCAGUUCGAAAAAUUGUGCCAAUAUUACCCGGUGACUACAGUGAUCUGGAGGUGAAGCCUGUUGGAACGUUAGAAGUGAAGCUUGUACAAGGCAAGGAGUUAACCAAUAAAGAUAUUAUUGGAAAAUCCGAUCCUUAUGCAGUUGUAUUCAUACGUCCACUCCGUGACAGAAUGAAAACCAGCAAAGUUAUUAAUAAUCAAUUGAAUCCUCUCUGGAAUGAACACUUUGAGUUCAUAGUUGAAGAUCCAUCGACUCAACACUUGACAGUAAGAGUUUUUGAUGAUGAAGGGGUUCAGGCCUCUGAAUUCAUUGGUUGUGCUCAAGUGGCAUUGAAGGACCUUGAGCCUGGAAAAGUGAAGGAUGUAUGGUUGAAACUAGUCAAGGAUUUGGAGGUCCAGAGGGAUACUAAAUAUAGGGGUCAGGUGCAAUUGGAGCUUUUGUACUGUCCAUUCGGCACAGAGAGCAGCUUGAAGAAUCCUUUUAAUCCUGAUUACCAACUGACAACCUUAGAGAAGGCUAUUAAGAGUGGAGCUGAAGCAGCAGAUGAUGCUACUCUGGGAAGAUCAAACUCGCAGAAGAAGAGCGUUAUCGUGCGAGGAGUACUAUCAGUUAGUGUGGUAGCUGCAGAAAACUUACCGGCAGUAGACUUGAUGGGAAAGGCUGACCCUUAUGUAGUCCUUCAGAUGAAGAAAUCGGAAACGAAAGUCAAGACCAGGGUUGUAAAUGAGAGCCUAAAUCCUGUUUGGAAUCAAACAUUUGACUUCGUUGUGGAGGAUGCAUUACAUGAUUUGUUAAUUUUAGAAGUUUGGGACCAUGAUACUUUUGGAAAGGAUAAAAUAGGAAGAGUCAUCAUGACACUCACCAGGGUUAUAUUAGAAGGGGAAUUUCAAGAAAGUUUUCCAAUAGAUGGUGCCAAAUCAGGAAAGCUCUUCUUGCACCUCAAAUGGACACCGCAGCUCAAGUUUCGUGAAACUUGAUUGUUCGGAUCAUUAGAUAAAGGAUGGCUUCUUUGGCUAUUUUAUACCAAUAUACAGAUGAGUCUUGUUGGGUUAAUUUCAUAAAGUGCUCCCACUAUUUUUUGGCUAUUACAAAUGAUCCUAAUAUUUUAAUUUGUUGCAGUUAAGUCCUUUAAUUUUAAUUUUAUUUCAUAAA